GUUCUGGGUGGCGGAGAAGAAUUUGGAAAAUAUGAAACCAGAGGACAUAAAAGUGAGGGAAGAAGAGGUUCUUGUGGUGAAUAGCAUUCUGCAGCUGCAUUGCGUGGUGAAGGAAAGUCAUGGGGCUUUGAAUUCGGUGCUGCAGAUGAUUCACGGGCUAGGAAUUUUGGUUGUUCUUACCCGUAGUUUUCUUUCACAGCCGCAAACAGAGAUGGAAGUUGUGUGUGGAAGUUUUUGGGUCACAUCCUCUCUUCCACGCUCACCCAAGUCCACUCUCCCUCUAUUCCACUCUACUCAUCAACACCUAAUAGCAUUUCCUUCACAAUUUCAUCUUUUCUUAUAUCGCCCUCCUCCCUAUGCCAAUGCUAAAACCCUCUGUGCCAGAACCUCCUCCAAACCCGCCAUUUUCCUUCCCCACUUAAUUGCUUCUUUGGAACAAGUUGACCAGACUUACAUAAUGGUCAAGCCCGACGGCGUGCAACAUGGCCUCGUGGGAGAAAUUAUUUCUAGGUUCGAGAAGAAGGGGUUUAAGUUAACCGACUUGAAGCUCUUCAAGUGCUCAAAGGAAUUAGCUGAGCAUUACAAGGACCUAAAACAAAAGUCAUUCUUCCCCAAGCUGAUUGACUAUAUUACUUCAGGUCCUGUUGUGUGUAUGGCUUGGGAGGGUGUUGGGGUAGUCGCAUCGGCCCGUAAACUUAUAGGUGCUACAUAUCCUCUUCAAGCUGAACCAGACACAAUAAAAGGAGACCUUACUGUUCAGACACGAAGGAAUGUUGUUCAUGGCAGUGACAAUCCUGAGAAUGGCAAGCAUGAAAUAGGUAAGGCCUCUUAUGCUAUCCAGUUUAACCCAAAUACAUGCAACAAACAUAGAUGUGAAUUGUGAAAGAGAACAGAAAAGUUAGUCAUUGAUUUGUUGAGACAAUAUGUUCAGCAUAUUU